AUGUCUAAUUUUCAAUCAAAUCUGAGACUGGUUUUUCUGGACACUGUUUCCGCUAGCCUACUACUAGACCACUUCAUCGAUCAACAGGAAUGGGAGUUCGCGAUUAAGGUGGCCUGGGAACUGUACUUACAAGAUGACACACGUACUUUCUUCUCGACCCCCAUUACUUUGGCGCUUAGGCUAUAUGUCGCACAAAAACGAAUUCAAUGUCUUUGGCCGAAUGAGAACGAAAAUUCCAAGGUGAUCAUGGACUCGGAUGACGUGAGUUGCCUGAAUUCCGAGUAUAUUUGGCCUGGUAUCAUAACGUAUGUGGUUACUGAUAUCGCUUGCAUCAAGUUCCUCCUUAUGAUGCAAGUGUGCAGCGAAUUUUCAGUGCUCUCCUCUGUUUAG